AUGGAGGCCGCAGGCUGGCCGUCACCUUCAGAGCCGACAACUGCUCAUUAAACUACCCACUGGGGAAGCACAUGAUCCGUGAGGUCACCAACGUCUCCUUCAGUCAUCUAGCCUGCGACGAUCAGGCCGCCGUGGUUGUCCACUGGUCUGCGAGCCCACUAGGGAUUGAACACAUUAAAGGCUUCAGAGUUUACCUGGAGGACAAGAAUCCAGAAGGGAAACAGUGUCAACACCUCAUCCUCAAAGACCCACGACAGCUCAACUUCUCCUACAAGAACACGAAGCUGAGCAGUCAGCCGUUCAGCGGUUUGAACUUUGACACUGACUACAUGGUUCGUGUGGUUCCCUUUCCAUCUCAGAUGAACGAGAGUUUCUUCCCUCCGUCUUUCCUCAAAACUAACUCGUGCGAAAUGCUCCUCGGAUCAGACAACCUGGUCUGCAAACCAUUCUGGACACCAAAGACGCUGAACGUGUCUCAGCUCGGAUCGAGCCUUCAUGUGGCCUUUGAUCAGGCUCCGCCCUCCUUUGGUUUCCAUUUCUACUACCUGUACUACAAACUGCGACCGGACGGAACCUCCAAACUGCAGCGCUGCAAACCGGAUGUGAAUCAGCCCAGAACGACAUGUAUCCUCCAGGACGUCACUCCAGGGACCUACACUAUAGAGUUGAAAGAUGACAGCAACACCACCAGGAUGCACACUCAGCACCACGUCAGCCAGGUCCACUCCCCCUGGGCGGGACCUAUCCGUGCCAUGGCCAUCACGGUGCCGCUGGUUGUCAUGUCAGCAUUUGCCACCCUCUUCACAGUCAUGUGUCGCAAGAAGCAGCAAGAAAACAUCUACAGUCAGCUGGAUGAGGAGAGCAGCGAGUCGUCCAAUCACAGCGCAGCACUGACCACUGAGCGGCCGUGGCCCCGCCCCAAAGUCUUCAUCUGCUACUCGAACAGAGACUGUCCCAAACACACCAGUGUCAUCCAGAGCUUCGCCUUCUUCCUGCAGGACUUCUGCUGCUGUGAGGUUGUGUUGGACCUGUGGGAACACCUGGAGAUGUGCAAAGAGGGUCAGAUGUCAUGGCUCAGCAGACAGCUGGAUGAAGCAAACUUCAUCAUCACCGUCUGUUCCAAAGGCCUGCGCUAUUACGUGGAAAAGAAGAGCCGUCGAGGGAAGACGCCAGUGAGCCGCCGUAGUAAUGGGAGCAGCUCUUCGAUUACUGCGGUUGGUGGGGACCUGUUCAUUGUGGCGGUUGCCAUGAUUGCUGAGAAGCUGCGGCAGGCGAAGCAAAGCGAAGACAGCGGGGCACAGGAGAUGAACCGAUACAUGGCGGUUUACUUUGACUAUUCUACAGAAAGCGACAUCCCCACCAUGCUGAGUCUGGCUACCAGGUUCAAGUUGAUGGACCAGCUGCCUCAGCUCUUCAGUCGGUUCCAUUCGAGUCAUUCCAGUCUGACUGAUCGUGAGCAGCAGCCUCUUAACAUUUCCCGGAGGAACUAUUUCAGAAGCAAGUCCGGGCGCUCGCUCUACGUUUCCAUCUGCAACAUGCACCAGCACAUCAGCCAGAACCCCGACUGGUUCGAAAAGCAGCUCGCUCCUGCAGGAGCAUCCUCUACCUCUCCUGACUCCUCCUCCAAACAUCUGUCUCUCGCUGCUGUCCAGGCUCCAAGCCUUCCGCCCAAACCUUCCUGCUCCUUGUCAUCUCAGGCUGAGCAGAGGUUUGACUCUGGCUUGGUGCUGAAUGAGGUGGUGGUGCGAAUGCCAUCACUGGAGAGUGGGGAGGGCGUGACGGGGAGGAACGUACUCCAGCUGGCCCAUGGUUCCAGCCCUGAUCCCAACCUUGGCCCGAGUCCCAGUUCCAGCCCUGACCCCUGUCCCAGUCCUGGUGUCUGUCCCAGUCCAGACCUACCACACUCUUCUCUGUUCAUGCUAGAUCCCAAUUCAAGGUCUGCUUCUGGAAUAUCUGGACUGUUAUCCGAAGACUCUUCAUCCUCCUUGUCCUCCUCUGGUCCUUCCAUCCUCCAGGAUGGCAUUUCCCCUGGUCAGGGACAGGCUGAUGAAGGCCGCCCCACUGUUCCAGAGGUCCCCCCUCCUCGUGAUUCAGGCAUCUAUGAUUCAUCUGUUCCUUCGUCAGAGCUUUCUAUUCCCUUAAUGGACGGACUGUCACAUGACCAGGCAGACUCCUCCUCCCUGGCUGAGAGUGAAUCAUCUUUCUAUGGUUUGAGUGAUGAAGAGGCACCCGCUGCCACAUCGCUCAGCUGCAGCGCUGCCACGGUGUGCAAAGCUGAGCUGCACCACCAUCAUCACCUCGAGCAAAAUGACGCUGUUCUCACACCUGUGGCAUCAUUGUAGGGGUAUGCCUUCAGCCAAUCAAAAGAAGGCUAGCCCGGUGAUGUCAUCUUGUAAAUCAAUGUGCCAACUUGGACCAAAAAGUUGUCUUUGUGAAGAAGGCGAAGCUGGAAAAACCGGAGUGGGAAACAGUUAUGACAGAUCAGCAUUCCAGAACUCAGUUUCUGUGUUAACCACUGAGUUCUAGAACACUAUUCCAUGGUAACUGUGGUAACCACUAUGUUGUAAAA